AUGCCACCGGCGAUCUUCAAAAGUAGCUGUGCAAUUGAUGUUACCUACUUUCCCUUCGAUGCGCAGAACUGCACAAUGAAAUUCGGCUCUUGGACGAAUGAUCUCAGUCGGAUAGACUUGCAGAUAAAAGGUCCUGAGGGUCCUCAUGGAACGCAGGCAAAUAAUUCAAGCUAUUGGGAGUCUGGAGAGUGGGAAAUCAUGGACUCGUAUGGCUACCACCAUGCUCGAAAGUACAAUUGCUGCGAGAAGGUUUUCCCGGAUAUUGUUUACUCAUUCCAUAUUCGAAGAUUGCCGCUGUUUUAUACGAUCAAUCUCAUUAUACCGUUCUCCUACGACCGUCUAAUUGACGAGUCCCUAAUUUGCGCGAUGGAUGCGAUAGCUGAAAUCGCUUACAUCCUGAUGGAAGAAGAAGAACUUCUCCAGGCUGAAAAUGAGUGGCGAUUUAUCGCCAUGGUCGUUGACAGAGCAUUCCUUUGGCUCUUCGUGAUCGUCUGUCUGCUCGGAACAACGACAUUAUUUAUACAACCUCUUGGUGCAUAG